GAGCAGGGUCCGAGCAUCCAGAAUCUGGACUUCUGGCCCAAACUCAUCACUCUCAUCGUGUCCAUCAUUGAGGAGGACAAGAACUCUUACACGCCCAUCAUCAACCAGUUCCCUCAGGAGCUCAACGUGGGUAAAGUCAGCGCUGAGGUCAUGUGGCAGCUGUUCGCUCAGGACAUGAAAUAUGCACUGGAGGUUCUGCAUAAAGUUGAUCACUGCCACUGGAACAAUGAGCACGAGAAGCACCGACUGUGUAAGACCGCUGACUACAUGAACCUGCACUUCAAGGUCAAGUGGCUUUACAACGAGUACGUGAAGGAGCUGCCCGUCUUCACCGACGUUGUGCCCGAGUAUCCUGCCUGGUUCCUGCAGUUCGUGCUGGCCUGGCUGGCGGAGAACGAGGAGGUGUCCAUGGAGUUCAUGCACGGAGCGCUGGAGAGAGACAAGAGAGAAGGGUUCCAGCCGACGUCUGAGCACGCUCUGUUCUCCAGCUCCGUGGUCGACAUCUUCACUCAGCUCAACCAGAGCUUUGAGAUCAUCAAGAAGCUGGACUGUCCAGACCCUGCUGUGGUGGCUCACUAUAACCGACGCUUUGCCAAGACGAUCACCAAAGUGCUGCUGCAGUACUGUGCCCUGCUGGCCAAGAGCUACCCCUCCUACUGCGAGAAAGAGAAGAUACCCUGCGUGCUGAUGAACAACAUCCAGCAGAUGAGGGUCCUAUUGGAGAAGAUGUUUGAGUCUAUGGGAGCCAAACAGGCCAUGAGUAACCAUGGCGGGGAGGAUGACAUGUCAGAGGAGUCCAAGUCUGGCUGCUCAGACUCGGAGGGAUCUGAGCUGGACACAGAGGCCGCCGACAUCCUCAACGACCUGCAGGUGAAGCUCAACACAGUCCUGGACAACUUCAGUGCCAUCUUUGCAAAGAGCUUCCAGGCUCGGAUCACCACCUGCAUGCGUCAGAUGGCUGAGAUCCUCUACCAGAUCAAAGGACCCCCCAACAGAAACACAGCCGAGGCAGACGCUGACAACAUGCUGAGGCCCCUCAUGGAGUUCCUGGAUGGGAAUCUCAGUAUCUUCGCCGACACCUGUGAGAAGACGGUGCUGAAGAGGAUCCUGAAGGAUCUGUGGAAGACCGUCCUGAGCAGCCUGGAGAGGACCAUCGUCUUGCCUCAGAGCAACGACAGCCUGGGGGCCCAACUCCUCACGGCAGCUAAAGGACUCUCCAGUUUAAAGGGAGGCGGUGAAGCCAAAACACUGACGCCCAAGCAGUGUGUCAUCAUCGAUGCAGGGCUGGAGGCCAUCAAGAUAUAUUUCCAUGCAGGAGGAAACGGGCUGAAGAAGGCGUUUGUGGAGAAAAGCCCUGAACUGGCUUCUCUGCGUUACGCUCUGUCUCUUUACUCCCAGAGCACCGAUGCUCUCAUCAAGACCUUCGUCACCACACAACACUCACAAGUGCACGAUGGGAUGGGCAUCAGAAUCACCGGCAACGAGAAGAUCCGACCUGACAGAGGCUCGGGGAUAGAGAAGCCCAUCGGAGAGGCCAUCCUGCAGUUCGACAUGAUGUUCGGGAAGGAACGAAAAGUCGGCGUCAGAGUGAUCGCAGUGAACGACAUGAAGUGGCAGACAUCUGGGAUGUUCAGGCCGUUCGUCGAGGUCUCCAUGGUCGGUCCCUUCCUCGCCGACAAGAAGAGAAAGUUCACCACAAAAUCCAAGAACAACAGCUGGACUGCGAAGUUCAACGAGGCCUUCCAGUUCGCCCUGGGUAAGGAGUCUCCGGACUGCUACGAGCUCCAGGUGACAGUCAAGGAUUACUGUUUUGGCCGGGCGGACCGGGUGGUGGGCGUGGCUGUCGUCCAGCUGCGUGACGUCGCCGACCGUAAGAGCUGCGUGUGCUGGUGUCCGCUGGGGCCGCGCAUCCAGACCGACGAGACGGGCUUGACGGUGAUGCGUAUCCUGUCCCAGAGGCCUGCCGACGAGGUGGCGAAGGAAUUCUUCAAGCUCAAAUCUGAAACUCGUCCUGUGGAGGAGGGCAGAUGAGCUCAGACGCUCGCUCCAGAUUAGAGUCUGUGAGGUGAAGAGAGCAAUCAAAACAUGGAGCAGGGUGAGGGUUUGAAAUGAGAGCUGCAUGUGUCUGCUGUUUAUGAGCGCUGUCAUCUUCAUUCUCAGAAAACUCAGACCUUUAAAACCCCUCACCGAUAAUUCGCAACAUGGAAAACCUCCAAGAAACCAUCUCUUCAACCAAGCCUGGAAAGGGAUUGAUUUCAUGAGGAUGGAGCAAAAAAACCCAACCAAUGUCACAAGUCCUUAAGUCCUUCCUUUUCUAACUGUACUCCCUAUUUUGAUUGCCUUCAUAUAUUAAGACCUCAAGCUUUACUCCAAACACCCUCUCUCUCGGAUCCAUCCAUACAACCAUCCAUCUUCCUCCAUCUAUCCGGGUCCGGGUCGCGGGGGCAGCAGUCUCAGCAGGGAAGC